AUGGGCGACGUGCAGUGCUGGCACACAGAACUUAAUCUACACAGCCUGGUUCUCAACUCUGUACUUCUCUGAAAACUUGGCCAAACCCACGCCAAACGCAGAGCGAGUUGGAGACCUGCCAAAGCACCCGGAGGGCGGAAUGAAGACACAGAGAGGCACCGGGAAAGGAAUACGUUGGAGGCAGAGAUGGGAGGCAGAAACGCCACCUACUGGCACUAACUGUGCAUCUGCACAGAUGGGAGAGUGGAAAAGUUGGUCACUAAUGGAAAUAACUGCUGGUUUUGCAAACAGGGUGACAGAAAAUUCUACUUAAUUUGA